GUAGAAAACGAGAUACUGAGUGAAGGAAAAAAUGAGGAUGCAAUAAUGAUGAUUCAAAGUUUAAUUAGUGACAAGUAUGAGUGUAUGACGAUCUGUUACCCAAAUUAAGGGAUAGGAAAUGAUCAUUCGCGGCUGACCUAAAUGUACCGCCAUCAUCACCGCAGAACGUGGAUGUGAUCUAUAAAGUACCCAAUUUCUUCUCCUGCAAGCUGUAGUAUUCUUCAAGCUAGAAGCACACAUCUGAUACAGUUGUUUUUCCGGUACUGCGGUUUCAAUCCGAAGUUCAGAAUGGGUAAGGAGAAGGUUCAUAUCAGCUUGGUGGUCAUUGGACAUGUCGACUCCGGCAAGUCGACCACGACUGGUCACUUAAUUUACAAGCUUGGAGGGAUUGACAAGCGUGUGAUUGAGAGGUUUGAGAAGGAAGCUGCAGAAAUGAACAAGAGGUCAUUCAAGUAUGCAUGGGUUCUUGACAAACUCAAAGCUGAGCGUGAACGUGGUAUCACCAUUGAUAUUGCCCUGUGGAAAUUUGAGACCACUAAAUACUACUGCACGGUCAUUGAUGCCCCUGGACAUCGCGAUUUCAUCAAAAACAUGAUUACAGGCACCUCACAGGCUGACUGUGCUGUUUUGAUCAUAGACUCUACAACUGGUGGGUUUGAAGCUGGUAUUUCAAAGGAUGGUCAGACUCGUGAGCACGCUUUGCUGGCUUUCACCUUGGGUGUCAAGCAAAUGAUAUGCUGCUGUAACAAGAUGGACGCCACCACCCCAAAGUACUCUAAGGCUAGGUAUGAAGAAAUUGUGAAGGAGGUGUCAUCGUACCUAAAGAAGGUUGGAUAUAACCCUGAAAAAGUCCCAUUCGUGCCCAUAUCUGGUUUUGAGGGUGACAACAUGAUCGAGAGAUCAACAAACCUUGAAUGGUACAAGGGCCCCACCCUUCUGGAUGCUCUAGAUCAAAUCAACGAGCCAAAGAGGCCAUCAGACAAGCCACUCCGGCUCCCACUUCAGGAUGUCUACAAGAUUGGUGGAAUUGGUACUGUUCCCGUUGGACGUGUGGAGACUGGUGUUAUUAAGCCAGGUAUGCUUGUUACGUUUGCGCCCUCCGGUUUGACCACAGAAGUCAAGUCUGUUGAGAUGCACCAUGAAUCCCUUCAGGAGGCACACCCAGGUGACAAUGUCGGGUUCAAUGUGAAGAAUGUUGCAGUAAAGGAUCUGAAACGUGGGUACGUUGCAUCUGACUCGAAGAAUGACCCUGCUCGGGAAGCUGCUAGCUUCAUAGCUCAGGUCAUCAUCAUGAAUCACCCUGGUCAGAUUGGCAAUGGGUAUGCCCCGGUUCUGGACUGCCACACCUCCCACAUUGCUGUGAAGUUUGCUGAGAUAGUGACUAAGAUUGACAGGCGGUCGGGUAAGGAGCUUGAGAAGGAACCUAAGUUCUUGAAGAAUGGUGAUGCUGGUUUCGUGAAGAUGGUUCCGACUAAGCCGAUGGUUGUUGAGACUUUCGCUGAGUACCCACCACUUGGCCGUUUUGCUGUAAGGGAUAUGAGGCAAACGGUUGCUGUCGGUGUCAUUAAGAGUGUUGAGAAGAAGGAUCCUACUGGUGCUAAGGUCACUAAGGCUGCCCUGAAGAAGAAGUGAUCAACAACUGCUGUUCUGCCAAUGAGAUUCCAGUUACUUGAUCUUUUUUGUGUCAAUUAAAUUUUGUUAUACUAGUUUGUAUUUUGGGCUCCUUCCAGUGUGCUCCCCCAAUAGUGAGAAUUUAAACAGUCACUACUCACCAAUACGUUGUAUGUUUAAAAGUUUUGAAUUGAGAUAGUGUCAAUGUGAAAAAAUCACUCUUG